CACACAAGUUCCUCUUCUCUGCAUACAAUGGGAAGCAUUUGCUCUCUGCUCUCCUCCUAGCAUUUUCAUGCAAGACCCGGAGAAGAAACCUUGUCUCUGGCCGGAAGGGGAUUCAUGAAAAGCUAGAAAUGGGCCUGUCGAGUUCUAAAAACCCUAAAGUCAAGCAAGCCCAAAUUCUCCUUCUGGGCCUGGACUCUGCUGGCAAGUCCACCGUCCUUUAUAAACUGAAGCUUGCUAAGGACAUUGUGACCAUGCCAACCGUGGGCUUCAACGUGGAGAUGCUGGAGCUGGGGAAGAGCCUUUCCUUCACGGUCUGGGAUGUUGGCGGCCAGGAGAAGAUGAGGGCCGUGUGGGGCUGUUACUGCGAGCGCGCCCACGGGCUGGUGUACGUGGUGGACAGCACGGACAAGCAGCGGCUGGAAGCCUCCAGGAGGGAGUUCGAGCACAUUCUGAAGAAUGAACACAUGAAAAAUGUGCCGGUUGUUCUGUUAGCCAACAAACAAGAUAAGCCGGGAGCUCUGACCGCCGAGGACAUCACCAGGCUGUUCAAGGUAAAGAAGCUCUGCAGUGACCGGAACUGGUAUGUGCAGCCCUGCUGCGCCACCACCGGGGAUGGGCUGCCCGAGGGCUUCAGGAAAUUAACCGAAUUCGUGAAGAGCUACAUGAAAUCGCGAGCGGACACCUUCGCGUUCUUCAAGCAGAACUGAGGUCCAAGCAGGGGAAGACGAAAUUGAAAGGCAACUGGGAGCUGAGAGCCUAAAGAAGAAGGCUCUCUUCAUGGGCAACUGUGAGACUUUAUACAUGGUGCUGGGCCAGGCCCUGGGGAUGAAGAGCAGCAUCCCGGCCCCAGGAGCUAGUCCCCUUGGCAUCCACGGCAUUGUCACAAGGGCCACUGCCUGCAGAAGCAUCCAGGAGGCUGUGUCUACUGAACACCUUCAUGAGAAGUGGAUAGCAAAAAGAGAAAGCCGGAGAAAGAGAGUGACAGAAGGGACUUCUGCCGAGGACACAUGUCACACAAAUCUGGGUACUUUCAGAAAGUACAGACAUUUAAUAGGAAUUGUACUAUUUUUUCCUACAUGGAUCAAGACAGAUUUCCCAUGUCCUGUUCAUUUGGGUAAAUGCUUGGACGGUUUCUUUUAAAUGUGAAUGCCGUGUCGGGGUUAGGUGCAGAGUCAAAUUAAAUCGUUUAUUUCAAAAAUUGACAUCAGGUCAACAUUAGCCAUGAAUAUGUAUAUUGUU